AUGUCAUUAAGCGGCCAAAUUGCGCUCUUGACUGGAGCAUCCAUGGGCAUUGGCGAAUCAAUCGCUAGAGCGCUUGCCAAGUCUGGUGCAAACAUUAUUCUUGUAUCUCGCUCCGAGGAUAAGCUAGCUAGGCUCAAAGACGACCUCUCCAAGCAAUAUCCUGAUCUCAAAUUUAUCUACCGCGGUGUAGAUAUUGGGGAUUAUGAGGCUGUGGAUUCUGCUGUCAGGUCCUCGGUCCAGGAAAUGGGUGGCAUUGACAUUCUGAUCAACAAUGCUGGCCUUGCACUCGGUGCCCCGAAUGUCUUCCACAACCUGAAAAUCAGUGACAUUCAGGCUAUGAACUCCACCAACGUCAACGGCCCAAUGUUUGUCACGCACUCCGUCUUGAACCAAAGCAUGCUAUCCCGCCAAGCGGGGACUAUUUUGAACAUCACCUCCGUCACAGGUCUAGAAGUUCCUCCAUUCCCCGGCGAGGCGGUCUAUCAUUCCAACAAGGCCGCACAAGAAGCUUUCACUAACGCUCUUCGAAAUGAACUGGUUGGCACUAAUAUCAAGGUUCUGGCUUUGCGGCCUGGAUGCGUUGUGACGAAUUUCCAUUCGCAACGGGUCGGGCACGAUAAGCAGAUGUACGAGUCAUUUUUUGAAGGAUACGAGCCUUUGUGUGCGGACGAUAUUGCCAAGGCUGCAAUUUACAUGCUCAACCAGCCAUUGAACGUCUCGAUCAAGGCCCUGGAUGUUGUUCCAUCGGCCCAACGGUCUCUCAAUGUGUUUGAUCGCAAGUGGAAUGAGCGAUUGGCCGAAUAA